AUGUUGCCCUUGGAUGAUAAGGACUCGUGCCCCAGAUCAAUAGCCUAUACUUGUAGAACGGCGGAAAGCUGGGAAGAUGACAUGGCUUUGUCUGUGACAUUCUUUCCAGAUACGCUGACUACAAACGCUAUCUGGUUUGGUUGCAAUUUUGAAGAACGAUCUAUUAAUGGCUAUAAUCUGACAGAUUCCGUAAUCAUUACGAGCAGAUUGCGCGAAUUCGAUGGGGAGGUGUUUCAUCCUAUGAUGUUGCCUACCAUAUUUGCGGAAUUUGAGAGGGACAGGCAUAUUAACCUCGUCCGCAAGAGCAAUACUCAGUUUGUACAAAAAAUGAUCGAUAUUGAAUCGCGAAAUGAUACAUUCUAUGGAAUACAACAGAUCCAGAGAGACAUCCGGCGGUCAAUGGAGAAGGAGUCCCCACCGUCAAGAACAAGCUCGUUCUUUAAUGGCAUGAAAGGUAGAGUUGGAAGUUUUCUUUCAGGAAAAACCAUGUCCACAUCAUCGACAUUUAAUAGCUCAGUGGGAACGGAAACAUUGCGACCUGAGAGCAAUGAAGAGGAUGAAGAGGAUGAUGAAACUUGCGCAAUGCUCUGGAUUAAGAUUAGCCAUCUCAAGAACGGUCUGGAAAAUUGGAAAACACAGCUACGCAAGAUGUUUGAUCAUACACAAGAGCUUGAGGAUAUAGACUUUGGUAUGAGUCGUGAUACUCCGACCGAAGUCUUGACUUGUAGAAGAGACGGAUUGAAAGAGUGUGGUGGCCGAAUCAGAGAAAGGCUUCGUGAUUUGGUUGACGAAUACGACGAUUUUAUAAGAGAGUGCGAUCACAUUAUGGCAGGAAUGUCGCUUGCAACCCAAUUGGACCUCAAUCAUAUCGGUCGAAAGGACGCAAGGCUCAAUGAAAAUAUAUCUAGGAGCAGUCUGGCAGUGGCGGAGACUGCCCAGCGAGACGGAAGUUUGAUGAAAUCCAUUGCCAUUCUCGGAAUGAUCUAUCUGCCAGCAACGUUUGUUUGUACAUUCUUCUCCAUGGGAUUCUUCCAAUGGAGAGGACAGGGUGACGGUACAACGACGGUGUCGCCAGAUCUCUGGGUCUUUGGGCUUUCCGCAGCUGCUUUUACGCUGUUGACGGUGGGCGUAUUCCUAGCCUGCACGAUGAACAGGGGGAAUAGGAUGCGGGCAAAAUUGCACAUUGUUUGA